CAGGGAUCUGGUAGCGUAAUAUGACAGAGGGUGCCACGUCCCUAGCGGUUGAAUGUCUAGAUAAUACGCUGGAUGUUGUUGAUCACCACCAGGAGCACCAGGACGCACCGAGGACGACCAGUGUCGAGCUUAGCCUGCUGAAGCAGCAAAACGCGGAAACGGAACCGGCGGGGGAUUGCACACAGAAGCAGCACCAGCACCAGCAAGUGGUCGAAAUGACGCAGAAUAAGGUAGCGAAGAAGGAGGCGCAGCCGGAACGUGGUUCUUGGGGCUCGAAAUUGGACUUCAUCCUGUCCGUAGUUGGGUUGGCCAUCGGAUUGGGCAAUGUGUGGCGUUUUCCUUAUCUCUGCUACAAAAACGGUGGCGGAGCGUUCCUGAUACCGUACUUCGUUACGCUGUUCCUGGCCGGUAUACCGAUGUUCUUCAUGGAGUUGGCGUUGGGUCAAAUGUUGACCAUCGGAGGGCUGGGCGUGUUCAAGAUUGCUCCCAUAUUCAAAGGUAUUGGUUAUGCGGCAGCCGUAAUGUCCUGUUGGAUGAACGUCUACUACAUCGUCAUUUUGGCGUGGGCCAUAUUUUACUUCUUCAUGUCGUUGCGUAUUGAUGUUCCGUGGCGUACCUGCGAUAAUGCAUGGAAUUCGGUAAAUUGUGUGAACCCCUACGACCGAAAGAAUCUUCUCUGCUGGGAAACGCUGGGGGUCAACAAUACGCUUACGAAAAUUUGUUCGCUAAACUCGAACAACGUGUCGAUAUCCGACAUGUCGGAUCCGGUUAAGGAAUUCUGGGAGCGUCGUACUCUGAUGAUUUCGGACGGAAUUGAUCAGGUUGGAUCUAUCCGUUGGGAACUCGCCGGUACCCUUUUGCUGGUGUGGAUCCUUUGUUAUUUCUGUAUCUGGAAGGGUGUCAAAUGGACCGGCAAGGUCGUCUACUUCACUGCCCUGUUUCCGUACUUCUUGCUGACGAUUCUGCUGAUCCGUGGUAUCACUUUGCCAGGUGCCUUCGAGGGCAUUAAGUUCUACGUUAGCCCUAAUCUAUCGAAAUUAUCAGAGUCGGAGGUAUGGAUUGAUGCCGUCACGCAAAUUUUCUUCUCGUAUGGACUCGGUCUGGGAACACUGGUCGCUUUGGGUAGUUACAACAAAUUCAACAACAAUGUUUACAAGGACGCAUUGAUCGUAUGCGCAGUAAACUCCAGUACCAGUAUGUUUGCUGGAUUUGUAAUCUUCUCGGUGGUUGGCUUUAUGGCACACGAACAGCAGCGACCCGUCGCAGAGGUUGCCGCUUCCGGUCCUGGACUGGCAUUCUUGGCGUAUCCUUCGGCAGUGCUUCAGCUUCCCGGGGCACCGCUGUGGUCGUGUCUGUUCUUCUUUAUGCUGCUGUUAAUUGGUCUCGAUUCGCAGUUCUGCACGAUGGAAGGCUUCAUCACGGCCGUCAUCGACGAGUGGCCGCAUCUGCUGAGGAGACGCAAGGAAGUGUUCAUUGCCGUUGUCUGUUUCAUAAGUUACCUGGUAGGAUUAACGUGUAUUACUGAGGGCGGUAUGUAUGUGUUCCAAAUUCUCGACUCGUACGCGGUCAGUGGCUUCUGUUUGCUGUUCUUGAUGUUCUUCGAGUGUAUCUCGAUCGCAUGGGCAUUCGGUGUGGACCGCUUCUAUGAUGGCAUUAAGGAUAUGAUCGGCUAUUAUCCGUUGGCCUGGUGGAAAUUCUGCUGGGUUAUCACGACCCCGGCGAUCUGUAUUGUGAGUAUUGUACCCGGUUGACCGGAACUGGUUGAAACAGGUAAUUGGUUUUCAAAACUGACUGGAAAAGGUUAGGCGGGAACUGCGAAUGGAUGAGGAUUUUUUUGAAUGAGUGAAGUUUCAGGCUUCGUGGGAUAGGAACAGAGGACCGUCGUGGGAAGCUGCGUUCUGGUAAUUUUGGAAUAGAUUGCUCUGAUUUUUUCGUUUUAGCAGUUGCCAAGCUUACGCCAUAGAUGGAUGACUAUCAGAAAAGAAGCUGAAAAGAGGUUCAAUUCGUAUGAAUUUCCCCACAUUUGGUUCUAUGAAA